AUGAAUAUCCGCUCGACGCUUCCAGUCCGCUCCUGGGGUGCGACGAUGCAGGACGACGACGAGACGGGUGAAGUAGUGCCGCCGUCAACUACUACGGUUAAUCAGCAGCAUGAACACGAACACGAUCAGCAGCAGCAGCAGCAGCAAGACGAGGUGGAGCUCGCCAGGGGCCAACUGGCCGCGAUCCUGGGCAGGGCGGGCAAGCUCGAGCUCGCGCCCCAGCUGGUGCUGGCCACGCGGCCCGCCAAGCGUCUGCUGGCGCGCACCAGCGGCCUGUUCGGCCGUCACGCUUGGCGCUGCGCGACGUGCGCGUUGUUGUUGACGGCGCUCGUGUACCUGUGGGCCCGCUGGCCGACGCAGCAGCGGAUCGAGACCGUGAGGACCGUGCUCGGCAGGACGGUGAGUGUCACUUUUUUUUUCCUCUUUGUCGUCGUCGUCGUCGUUUUUGUUGUUGUUGUUGUUGUUGUUGUUCGAGGCUUACGUGUAGGCCACCACCCGCGUGAUUACACCUACGUUCGCGUAGAGACGUCUCUCUCACCCUACUUUUAA